UACGGUGCAUUUUUGGCCAUAGUCUUCGUAUUGGAGUUCGGUGCUGGGAUUUCGAUAUUUGCAUACCGCUCUAAACUUACUGAAGGUUUUGACAAAGGACUCACCCAAGCCAUGAUGAAUUACAGGAAUGACAGCGCACAUCUUGCCGAGGAUUUCGAUUUGAUGCAAGAAACACUCCAAUGUUGUGGAAAUGAAAAACCAACUGACUGGCUCAAUCUUAUCCCAGCACAACCUAUUCCUACCUCUUGCUGCAUCAGGGAAAAUUGUGACACGGAAAUGCCUGAUCAAAUAUUCUCGCAGGGUUGCUACAGGAAAAUAGUCGACUUUCUCAACGCUAACAUAGGAAUAGUAGCAGGUGUGGCACUGGGAAUAGCAUUUUUUCCUCUGAUCGGAGUUAUUCUCUCCUGCUGUCUAGCUAGUAUAAUCAACAAAACCAAAUACGAGCAGAUGGCCUAAAAAUAAUUUAAAACAUGAUGCUCAACAUGUACUUCAAAUUAUCUAUUUGAAUAUCUUGGUGUAUCUCUCAGCUCAAAUUUUCACUUCAUUGCACCCUGUAACAUGUUCGCACCUU